GGCGGGUUUAUGGGUAAGCCUCCCACGGGUGAGCCCCUGCCGCGGUGCCCGGGAAUCCCCGUGUGUUGGUGUGUGUCAGUAAUGUUGGAUCCCGCGGUUGGUGCCGGUUAGGAGGGGGAUGGGCGGCACUGCGAAUCUUGGAGGAGCUCAGAGAGAAUCAGAGCCUGUGUAACUUCACAUAGAGUAGUACAUCUCCCCUUAUAAACACCGGUUAUAAAGCAUGUAAACAACAUUAUAAACGGAUUUAAACACUAGGCUCAAAAUUAGAGAGGCUAAGGGAUCGCUGGGCCAGAUAUAGGACUGUGAAUACAACUCCCCCCCCCGCACAUGGGACAUUGAGAAGGGAAUCGCCACACCGGACCAAGGAGCGCACUUUCCUGGGUACGGUUUUUAGGAAAUACCGUGGCUCUGGCAAGGGCCCUUUUCUACGGUCUUCUCUGGAUGUUGGAUUGUUUUUAAACUUAGGAAAGAAAAACAAGUGGAUAUAAAGUUUGAACUGGGGUGGAGAGGCCUGAAAAGGUUACCCAACAAUGGUUUGCUGAUUUAAGAGACAAUGGUGGCUAGGAGCCCACCGAGUUACAAUGAAUCAUCCUAAAUGAGAAGCAUAGCCCACUUGAUGGCAAGAUGACAUUUACCUUUAUGGCUCCUUGUCUUGGGAUCCAUUCAGCCAUCUUCUAGAGGUGACAUGGUUUCCUCAUGUCCGUGAAGUGCUGGUCGCAGCACUGCGGCUCCCCACCCCAGGAGUGGUCAGUUGCUGUGAUUUGGACCCCUUGAUCCCUCUCCCCUCCCCCCCCCCCCUUCCCCCCCCUCCCCUCCCCUACCCCCCCCCCCCCCCCCCUCUUCCCCUUCCCUCCCUCUCACCACGGUGCUGGACGUCAUGAGCAUAGUAAUCCCUUUGGGAGUCACCACACCAGAUACAUCAUACUCAGACAUGGCUGCUGGAUCAGACCCCGAGUCGGUGGAAGCAAGCCCCGCCGUCAAUGAGAAGAAUAACUAUUCCAAUCCCAGCUGUGGGACCGCUCAGAAUCAUGGGUACCGAGGAUUACCCUACGCAGAUCACAACUAUGGCGCCCCCCCUCCCCCCACUCCGCCAGCGUCCCCAUCCACACAGACCAUCAUCCCGCGUAUGGAGCUUAACGGGGUGCGCUCGCAGUACGUGGACAAUUCGGCUGACAGUGACAGCUCCUCUGACGAGAACGGUUGCAGGUGGUGUCACUGCAGCCUGACACAGGACGGCUUUGUCAUUAAAUGUGAAAACUGCAGGGGUUUAGACAGACGGAAAGGGAUCGGAGUCCAGCGAAGAAAACAAGAAAAUGUGUCUGGCGGUGAGAGUAGCGCCACAGAGAGUGGGGAUGAGGAGGUGACCCCGCCAGCGGUGUCCUACACUGCCACGCAGCACACUCCUACCAGCAUCACUCUCACCGUCAACCGCGUCAAGAGAUCCAAAACCAAAAAGAGGAAGAAAAGCACGGAGAAAACCCGCAGCGCCCCAAAAGCAAAGAAAAUCAAGGUAUCGGCACCUCCGGCUUUCCGAGAAGGUUCUAGGAAAUCAAUGCGAAUGAAGAAUUCAACGACAGAGGCUAACACCCUGGAUGAGAACACGACAGAGGGCUGGGAGAACCGGAUCCGGCUCUGGACAGAUCAGUAUGAAGAAGCUUUCUCUAACCAGUACAGCGCGGACAUUCAGAACUUACUGGAGCUGCAGCGCAUCACCAACAAGGACUCUGUGGGGAAAAACGCAACAAUGGACACCAUCAGCAAAACUGAGUUAGCCUGUAACAACACAGUCAUCGGCUCUCAGAUGCAGCUCCAGCUUGGGAGGGUAACGCGAGUGCAGAAACACAGGAAGAUACUUCGAGCCGCGCGGGAUCUGGUGCCGAAUACCCUGAUCAUAGAGUACCGAGGGAAGGUCAUGCUGAAGCAGCAGUUUGAAGUCAAUGGGCAGUUCUUUAAAAAACCAUACCCAUUUGUACUUUUUUACUCCAAGUUUAAUGAGGUUGAGAUGUGUGUGGAUGCACGGACAUUUGGGAAUGAUGCACGGUUCAUCAGAAGGUCCUGCACACCCAAUGCUGAGGUUCGGCACGUGAUUGCUGAUGGGAUGAUCCACUUGUGUAUCUAUGGCAACACUCGCAUCACAAAGGAUACCGAAGUAACCAUUGGCUUUGACUACGAAUUCAACAACUGCAAUUACAAAGUGGACUGCGCUUGUCAUAAAGGGAACCAGAACUGCCCGGUGCAGAAGCACAACCUGAGCCCUAUGGAGCCACUGCCACCUCCUCCUCCCCCUCCCACACCCCCACAGGUGGGAGCAAUGACCAGACGCAGUAAAGCCAGGCGGAAAGAGCUGGAGGUGGGCAACCAGGACAACGCGUCCGAUGAGAACAGCAACCAGCAGUCUGAGGACCUGAAUGAUUCCAAAGAGUUCCAGGGACUUGGAGCUGCGGGCAGUGACGCAGAGGAGGGAGAUGAUAGGUUGAAGCUAGAAGAUAAUGAAGAAAUUGAAAAUGACGAGAAUGCAAUCCUAAAUAAACAGUCACGGGAUGAUCGGAAAGCUGAAGCCAUCAUGCAUGUGUUUGAGAACUUGGAAAAAAGGAAAAGGAGGAAUAUCCAGAUCCAGGAGAGGAGCUGUAGCACUUCAGGGGCAGCUUCCAGUCCAGCAACACCCACGGCACAGGAGCCUAAACUAGAUACCACCGAGACCGAGGAUUCCAAUCUUGCCUCAGCAGUGACGCAGACUCCUCAAAACACCGGGGUCGGGGUCAGCACCCGCCGAUCCGCUCAGAGCACAGAGUUGCCAGUGGUGGAGAAGCCACCUGCUAAGCCUGCUCCUGCCAGGUCUUCCAAGCCACGGCCAAAGAGCCGCCUCUCCCGAUACCGCUCCAGCUCCUCACAGCGAGCACGGCGACAGCGGCAGGCAAUGGCUCAGCAGGCAGCAGAGCAGGGGCAGGUAGCCAUGGAGGAGGGGAUACCAGGGGUCUGUGGUGCUGAGCAAGGGAGCACAGAAGGGGGACUGGCCAGUGGACUUCCCCUUGAUGUAGAUGGAGCAGCUGGGACUGCUGCUGGAUCCCUGGGUAACCGAGCAAACCUCCGAUACCCCAAGACUAAAACGUACCUGGUGACGGAGUGGUUGAACGAUAAGGUUGCUGAGAAGCCCGAAUCCCCGAUCGACUGGCCACUACGAAUAACCACGGACCCCACAGUGCUGGCCACUACCCUGAACAUGCUUCCCGGUCUCAGCCACUCACCUCUCAUCUGCACAGCCCCCAAACACUACAUCCGAUUCGGCUCCCCCUUCACACCCGAGAGACGCAGACGCCCUGUCAUCCUCGAUGGAACCUACGGCUCCUGUAAAAAGCGUUGGAUGAAGCAAGCGUUGGACGAAGGCAUGUCAGCCAAAACUGGGGAUAGUGGAACGGAGUCUCAGUCAUCACACCAAAGUCACAGCUGCAGCAGCACCUCAAACCCCAGCCCCUGUAACACAGAGUUAACAGCGCCCCUUAAGAAACGGAAAUCAUAUGUGCCGGAGGGAAGCACCUCGGAGCUGCUGCGACCGCUCUCCCCCAUCACCCCCCCUCCACCCUCGUCAGAUACUAUGAGCCCCCUGUUGGCAGCUUCUUGCGCCCUUCUCCUGGGAGGGGAAGAGGACAAGCACAAUGGAUACAUGUACUCUCCCCUUCACUCCCUUGCUGCUAGUCGCUGUAACACCCCGCUGCAGUUUGAGAACAUAUCCUCCCCUGAGAGUUCCCCUGCGCAUAGGCCCGAGUCCCUGUCACCAGAGCCUUGUCUCCGAACAGAUUUUGACCAACCCCAGACAACUUAUCCUGAUCUGUCUGUUCCCUCUGGCAUGACGAGCCCUGUCCUGUCUGCGACAGGAUCUUCUGAGGAUUUUGCUUCUGUACAGGCACCGCUUGUUGCUGGGGUGCCAUUCAGCAGUACAACUGAUGCAGUCUUCAGUGGGAGGAGCCUGGAUUGCCAGGCCCAAGCUAAGGAGCAGGCAUUCAGGACAGAGUUUAAUCUCAUCUACGCCUGCUCCCCUUUGAACGCUAACUUGCUAGCAUCCGGGAACCUUGCAGAGGGAACGGGGCGAGGGUCUGCUGUUGGCAGCGACGGGAGAACAUCCCUGUCAGAAGGGGGGUUCUCCCCCGGAGAAGUCUUUUUUGGUCGACAGAGUCAGGGACUCCUGAACGAGCCUGCCCAGGGUGCAAUGUCACCCUAUGGAGAUAGACAGUAUGUUUACUCCGAGAGCGGAACACCACCCCAUAACCCACCACAGAAAAAGAAGGUCUCUCUGUUGGAAUACAGAAAGCGGAAGCAAGGAACGAAGGAGAGCUUCCCAGGCGAGCCAGGUAAAUCGGUGGGCACGCCAACCAGGUCCAGCAGCAGCUGCAGCAGCAAUGCAGAGUCCCCUCAUGUCACACGCACCACGCUGCGGCACCCCACCUCCCCACAGAGUGGCUUCUCCUCCCCGGUUCACCACUCCAUCCCUCAGAUAGAGGAGGUCAGCCCCCCAGAGCCCUGCACCAGCCGACACUUUGGAGCCUCAGCAGCUGGCUCCCACAGCAAACCUCAGGACACCAUCAGCAGCCGCUGGAUGGUGCCCACAUCAGUUGAGAGGCUACGAGAGGGUCAGGGGGUGCUGGAGAGAGUCUUGCGGGGGGGCAUGAAGAUGGAGCGUGUGCUGAAGAGAGUGGAGUCCACUUCAGGAGAGUCCAGGGAGAGAGACUCAGAUUUCACAGAGGGGGGAAGUUUAGACAUGCAAGCCAUUUCUUGUUCUAGAGGCUCACCUAUACACAGCCCCCAAAGAUACAGCCACAGUCCCUCCCGAUACAAUCACCAGCUGCAGCCAGUUCAUUCUGAAGGACACCAACCAGAACCUCAGACUUUCCUACAGGAGAGCAUGUCUCCAUUUAGAGGCCAUGGCAGCACAUAUAGCUAUUCAACACCAUCACCUGGACAUGGCUACAGGCCCACAACACACACAAUGAGCCACGGGGCAACCCAGAGCCAGCUAGAUCCCUCACUUCAGCCUGUAUCCUACUCCAGCCCUGUCCAUUAUUCUUCCUCCUCCUCCUCCUCCUCCUCAUCUUCCUUGGACUCCUCUAUGGUGCCUAUUGGCGGGAACAUCGGACACUAUGGAAGCAGUCAACAGCAUUCUGGAAGCAGCAUACAUUUGUAUAGUGGCAGCCAUCUAAAGACAAGCCUGCUUUCUAGCCAGUCCGUGGCGAUAUCUGCUGCCGACUCGCUUACACCGGGCAACCACAAAACUGUAACAACAGACUCAAGCGUGGUUCUUCCAGCCACCAAUGCUGCUUCGGUUAAUGCCACCUCAGCUUCACAGAGCUCCAGACUGUCACAAUCUGACUUACGAACCUUAAGCCCAGUCAGCCCUGGACAAACUGUCCUGCAGUCUGGAACCAGACUAUUAGCAGCAGCAGCCAACUCACAGCACUACCAACAUCGGGGAACAGCAUUGAGCCAGUACCAGCAUCCACAGAUACAAGGAUCCGGAGUACGGACACAAUCGGGAACCUAUUAGAUUAAAAUAGACAUAACCUGUGGGAUGUAUGGACCAAACAGUCAUUUGGGAUUGGAUUUCCACCAGGGCCUGUUUUUAUAUAGACUUUUGCUUCACCAAAGGCAUAAUAAGUAAUGAACAGGCCUUGGUUUUAAUUACAGUACGACCAACAACAAAAAAAAGACCGUAUAGAAUUUCAAAUACCCGGCCCUGUUCACCUUUAACUCAGAUUGACAGAUAAUGUACAAAUAAGAGAAAUAGAAAACAAAAUAAUGCAUGUACCUGUUGUUUAGGUACAUAAGAAAAAACAAACAGAAGCAGAAAUAAUUUGGUUAGACAUCUUUUAUUUGGUUUAACCAAAACAUUAGUCAGUGGUGCAGUAAAAAAAAAUAUAUAUAUAUAUAUAUAUAUAUAUAUAUAUAUAUAUAUAUAUAGGUGCAUAAUGUAAAAAAAGAACUAACAAAAAAAGCAGAAACAAAUCUAUAUUUGUAGCAUCAGGUAUUAAUGCACGGGAAUUCAAUGGAGCGAGAAGAGUAACUCGUAUAGACGAUCAUUCCAGAUGAUUGCCAGCUAUUUUUUUUUUUUUUUUUCCACACACGAGUUUACUGUAAUAUUCCGGAGUUAGACUAUUUUUUUAUUUAUCUAAUUUUAAUUUCAGUUAUAACCGUUCUAGACUAGCUAUAAAGUACUUGACCCAUACGGACAUUAUAAUCCACAGUGCUGCAGUGACCUUUUUAUAUUUUCCACACAUUCACACUGCGAGUUCCUCAAUCUCUUUUGUUGUUCAUGAGGAAUUUGGAAAUGUUUUUUUGUUUUUUUAGUGACUGUUACAAACUUUCAGUAUAACUGAGUGGGGGAGAGAUGGCUUUCUAAAGGUGGUCAUGCUCUUUUUGAAACCUGUAAAAUUGUAAGUUGUUGGAAUUUAAGAUCAUGGGUUUUUUCUUUUUUUUCUCCUCCAUUCUGUACACAGUUAAUUGUAAAAGCAGAUAGUUCAUUUGGGUUAAAUCUCCAGUGUCCCUUUAAGAUGCUGUCUCAUUAACUGAUUUAAACAGACCACUAAAUAAAUAAACAAAAUUGUGUAUAGAACCUUCACAAAAUGUUCCACCUUUGCAUCCACCGUACCGGAAAAACAUUACAAUAAAUCCCAUUUUAUGAUCUUGAAGUGCUGGUAUUUGAUGUUUAACUCUUCCCACCAGUGUAGAUGGCAUAACAAUUAACACUAUCACCUUUUCCAGCUCUGCACUUUCACCACAACCCUUUGAAUGAAAAAUUAAAUGUUAAGACUGACCAGAAUCUUCUGAAACGCCAAAUAUCUGCACCUUUUUUUAAAUUUUUUUGUAUCUGAAUGUAUAUACGCAUGUGUGCAUAAAUCGAGUUUACUGUAUAUCCCAUCAGGGUUUCCUAUUUCAUUCUGAAUGUUCGGAAUUCAUGAACGUGAAAUGCAUUUAGACAGACUCAAUCUUGCACACUGAUUUCUCUGCUUAUUGGUGAACCUACCAGCAGCAUUUUGAAAGGAGAUACUGCAUUUAAGUCAAUGGUGUUUUUACACAGGGUUGUAACAAUUUAGAUUUUCCAAAAAUAAGAUGUCAUUUUUGAUAAUAAAAUACUCCUGUUGAUAAUCAAAACAUUCAGAAAUGCAAAUUUUGGAAUUUUGUCUUCAAGUAAAAAAAAAUAUAUAUAUCUUAUUCCAGUGGAGAAAAACACACAUACACUCACUUUUGGUUUCAGGUGUUAGUAAAUAUUAAGAGAGAAUAUCCGUGGUAAAGUACAAAAUGUGUUUCAUGACUUUGUGCAAGAAAUUACUUCCUGGGUAUGUCUUUCCAAAGUUAUUACACACAAAUAUAUGAAACAUGUAAAUGAUUGUGCUUUUUGCAAAUGGAUCUGUGCCAUGCUGGUGAUGAACUGUUCAGCAUUCCCUAUUACAAGGUACUUUGUAACUAAAUGCUAAACUAAUGGGCUAUUCUGGAAAUGGUAUUAAGUGCAGCUCAGCAAUGUCUGAGGUAACAUGACAAAAUAGUAAGUUGCUUUUCUUUUAAAAUUGUAGACCUUCCAAUGUUUGAAAAGCAGACUGGUUGGUACGUCAUCUGUGUUUUUGAGAGCUGGGCCUGCAGCUACUACCGUGUUUUAUAGCUUACAUCUUUAAUUUCUCUUGCUUUUUACAACUUAUUUUUAAUUUUUAUAUAGCUUGUCACUUUUCCUUAUCGCUUCAGAAACCUAAAUGUUUCAUUUACCAAAAGUGGUGCAGCGCUUCCCUCUUUCCUUGCUGGUUGAUUAGUCAAUUUCAUGAUUGCUCUGUAAUGUACCAUUGGAAUGGUUAAACAGACCUUGUUAGUUACUUUUUUCAAUACCACAUUUUUGGCUGCUUUGGCUUUUCUUCAGGGUUAGCCCAGGCUUUAAUAAAUGCUGCUUGUGUUCUGUGUAAGCUUGCAUCUGGAUCACCAAAGAGCAAUGGCUGAAGAGUUGGAUUUCAUUGCAUGCGAGAUCUGCUGGGUGCAAACACUUAGUCAAGGAUGUUUACAUAAAUGUGCUUGUAUGUGUCCUGUGGAUUUUACACCACCCAUUAUCACAAGGCCUUUUUUUUACUACAACAGUGAAAGAGCACUUCUCACACAUUUGAGAACCACUGCUGUGGAGCUGCAGGAGCUGCUGGAAUAAGGAAAAUCGAAUUCCAAACAAUCACUAAUAAUCUGUGGGAAAGAAAAAAUGCAUGGGUUGUUGCCAGCAAUUUGCUGCUUCUUGGAGCCCCACAGCAAUCCUGCAAUGUUCUCAUUAUCCAGUUGGUGGACUGGAUUACUAAUGAAUGUGGG